UCUCUUCCCAUUAAGAGCUUAACCAGGUAUCGUCGCAGCAUGCAGGCGCUCCUGAGGAAAGACGGAGACAGUCCCGUCUUUUUGAGUUGUUUUUUUCUCCCGGUGGCGCGCGCGGUCUUCUGUUCUUUUUCGGCGACCUCUCCCCCAGCUCCUUCGACCUUCCCGACUCUCCACCUCUUCCCAGAGGCUAAGGGUGCCGGAGAGGGAGGCACAGGCGAGCGAGAAGUUAUUUGUCCUUCAACAAGUGUGGAGAAGAGGAAGACGAGCUCCUCGCCGUGCGAGCGCACACAAUGGUGUCUCUUUCCCUCCGUCGACGGCUCCGGCUCCCGGAACGGCUGGGUAACACGCUAUCAGAAAGAGAACCUGAAGAGGCUGAGACGGAUGAGGGAGAAUGCGCGUGGCCGCCUGAGGGACCCGGAGGAGAGGUGGAGACUGCGGAUGAAGUUUCUGACGCAGGCGAAGAGUUACAUCGGAACUCCGUACAGCAGGAAGUACCAGGAGCCUGGGACCGUGGAGUACGAGUCCCCCCUGUUCCUGGACUGCUGUGGGCUGGUGCGAAAGGCGGUGCGAGAUCUGAGUGAGGAUUUUGGCUUCGUCAUCGGGCCAGGAAACCAGGCCUACCAGUACGACACGCUGCCACUCACCCUGGAGAAGCACGAGGACAUGAAGCCAGGAGAUCUGGUGUUCAUCUCGGGGACCUACUUCAGCCCUCACAUGAAGAGGCAGAUCCAUGACAUCGUGCACGUGGAGAUCUGGCUGGGAGACGGGGAGGGCACACUGGGGGCGCGCUGGCGCAGGGGCACAGUGCAGGUCUUCGACUCCUACAAGUUCACCUCCUCCUCCUACGGGCAUGUGAAGUACCACUUCAAGUCCAUCGAAACCUGGCUGUCCGGCAGCUGCAUCAGGUCAGUAUUUGGUCCUUCAGGGCGUGACAUUUCUCCACCUCCACGUCACUGCAAAGACCACAAGUGGGGGUUCCCCAGGGAGAUGCCAUGUGGGAAAUCGAUCUUCUACUGUGAGGACAUGGCCAAGCAGGAGGGGGCCCCCCAGGGGCCGCUCAGUGAACAGGGUCACACGGAACCCCAGCCCGUGACUGCGAGCGGAGGGGACCGGCAGCACACAGCUGGAGAACAGGAGUGCACUGGGACUGGCGGGCCUCCCGUGCCACCGGGCACUGGCUCUGAGCUCCCCGGCGGGCCGUCGACACCAGAGACAGGAGAGCUGCCCUCCGGACGUCAGUGGAGCCCCAGGGCACACCCCCCGGCCCGGAGCAGGCCUGGUGCCAGACCCAGCAGGGAGGUGAAGAGGGACGUGCAGCUGCCGCAGCAGCAGGAGGAGAAGCAGGACGGGCACAGGGCCUCCCGGGAGAGGCCAGCAGUGAAGGAGGAAGGUGGGCCAGGUGUGCCAGGUGGGCCAGUUAGCUGUCGGGACAGUGAGGGUUUGGACCGAGGAGAACAGGGCAGCAGCACAGCUUCCAUUCCCAAACCCUGCCACUGCGACGCCUCCCACCAGCACUCCGACACGGAGCAGAGACUGGGGGAUCCCAGAGGAACAGGGCCUUUCUACUACAUCGGAGGAGGCAACGGGGUGGCAAUAGUGAGGGCGUACUGCGAGGGCAGAGGCUGGCAGCGCGUCUGCGACAAGACCAGGGAGGAUUACACACUGAGGUGGUGCGAGACCAAGUCGCACUCUGCCUACUGCAGAUUCAGGGAAGGGGAGCAGCUGCUCUAUCAGGUCCCCAACAACAAGGUGCUGACCACCAAGAUCGGGCUCCUGAGCAGCUUGCGGGAGUACGAGAGGGUCGCCAGCAAGGUCAAGCCAGGCCGGGGUCACAGGUCAGUGUGGGGGAACCGUCACCCCAAUCACAGCGAAGGUCGGCUGGAAUUACAGCUACAGUCCCAGCAGCAGCACUCUGCACUCAACACAAUCAUCCCAGAAGUCAUUUGCAAUAAACAGUCUCAUUUGAAUGUUCCCCUGCCCACCUGCAAGUGGAUCAUCAACUUCCUGACAAACAGAAGGGAAUAUUACAUGCAGAAGAAGAACCCUCUCUAUAAUGAGGUGAAGGAGGAGACGGUGUGGUCCAUGGAGCGCUUCAACGACUACGUUAAUGAGAAGUUUCGGGCUGUCAGGGCUCUCCCCCAGGACUGGGUCCUCAGUGUUUUCACAAAGCGAAUGCAGCAGAUCAUGACACAGUGCUUCCUCGCAGUCAGACCCAAGCUGGAGCGGAAACUGGGGUACUUUGAUCUCAUCGGCUGUGACUUCAUGAUUGAUGAGGACUUCAAGGUGUGGCUCCUGGAGAUGAACUGUAACCCGGCGCUGCACACCAACUGUCAGGUGCUCAAGGAGGUGGUGCCCAGUGUGGUCAAUGAGACGCUGGACCUGACCAUCGAGAUCUUUAACAAGUGUCGCAAGAAACAAAGUCUGGCCCCGCUGGAAACUCUGAGAAACUUCGUCCUGCUGUACAACGGCGAGGACCACGAUCUGCAGGCCAAGCCGCAACGCAGCAAGACAGCCGUGGCAGCUCUCCCCGCCGCUGGCAGAACGCCUCGGCCCCAGGCCAAGGCCCCAGCGGCACUGCCGCUGCCCAGAGCCCCUGCUGAGAAGAGACAAAAGGAGGUGGCGGGGGGCAGGUCCCCCGAGAGGACGGGCAGCAGGGUGGCCUCAGUCAGCCAGACUCCCCAGAAGGCGCCGCAGGGGAGAGCUCCUGACAACGGUCAGGUAUCGUCGCCCGCGAAGACAGGCAACAGGGUGGAGCUGAAGCUGAACAAGUGCGGCUGGCCCAGUCAGUCUCCUGAGCCCGAGCCCCGCCGCAGCUUCUGGAAGAUGAAGAGCACCAUCGCCUCCCUGUCCACGCCCACCCUGUCCGAAAAGGCAUACAGCCCAACGCGGUCCACAAGACACCUGGGGCUCAUAUCGCACCCAGUUACCAAGCACAGCCUGUCCACGCAGUGCCCUGGGCCGGGCCCCAUCAGAGCCGCUGGGCUGCAGCCCCGGGCCCCAGCAGUGAAACUGUUCCACGCGGACGAAGCGAUAGGGCUGGCGCCUCACAGGUCAGAGGUCAGGCUGUCGAAGGUCAAGGGAAAAGGCACGGCCUCUGCCGAACAGGGGAGAGACGAACCAGAAAUGGUCACAACAAACCGAGGAGCCUGACCAGCUGUGUGCAUUUAUUAGCUACCUGUACAAUGGAAACUGUUUACUGCACUUCCUUUUGCUGAAAGAUAACCGUGACUUUAUUACAUCAUCAUACAGGAUACAGCUGUUUACAUUUCUUUAAUUUUAAAACUCCAUGAAUAAAUGAUAAGCAUAUGUAUUUAUA